AUGGGCGUCCAGGACUUCAACGACUGGUUCUGCAUCCCCGCGUUCUUCGUGCUCUUCCGCGAGACGCUCGAGGCCGCGGUGCUCGUCGCGGUGCUCAUCCAGUACCUCAACCGCGCGGACGCCAAGCACCUGAAGCGCCAGGUCUGGCUCGGCGCCGCCGUCGGCGGCGCGGCGUCCGUCGCCAUCGGCGUCGUCAUCCUCUCCAUCUACUACACGCAGAAGUCGACGAUGACGACGACGACGGCGUUCGUCGUCGAGGGCGGCAUGCUCGGCUUCGCGUGCGUCGUCAUCACCUACUUCCUCGUCACGCACCUCGCCCCGGGCAUGAAGUCGUCCGGGUCCUGGCAGGUCAAGUGGGAGCGCAACAUGGACGAGCUCGUGCAGGCGCAGAUCGACAAGACGAACGAGUACGGCUUCUUCACGCUCAGCUUCACGUCCGUGCUCCGCGAGGGCUUCGAGGCGGCCAUCUUCGUCGUCGGCUUCGGCGCGGCCUACAGGCCCGAGUCCAUGCCCAUCCCCAUCGUCACGGGCAUCUUCGCGGGCGUCGCGUUCGGCGCGUCGAUGUUCGUCGGCACGAACAAGAUGGACCUGUCGCUCUUCUUCAAGUUCUCCGCGGGCUUCCUGGCCCUCAUCGCCGCGGGCCUCGGGUCCCACGCGUCCUACGAGUUCCAGAAGGGCGAGGCCUUCGGGGCCUGGGCCUGCAAGCGCAUCUGCGACGACGUCUGGGUGCCCGCGGUCCAGGCGCCCUUCGGCACGUACGCGUCCUACGUGCCCUACACGGACAUCGCGCCCCACGCGGCCAUCGACCUCGACAUGCGCGCCUUCAGCGACCGCAUGCAGGCCGAGGACUGGGAUGGCGCGUGGGAGAUCUACGACCAGGGCGGCAACUCGGCCAAGGGCGACGGCUUCCGGACGCUCCGCGGCUUCUCCAAGGACCUGAGCGGCGAGCCGACCUACGACGAGUUCCUCGCCUACCACGGCAACGCCAAAUACGCCGACGACUACGUCCGCGCGGUCAUGUGGGACCGCCUGAGCGACAACUCGACGGCGAAGCUCGACCCGCGGCCCGAGCUCUUCUCUACGAACACGCUCUCCUGGGACAUGGCCUUCCAGAUGGCGCUCAAGGCGGCCCAGUACCAGUCGACGUGGAUGUACAGCCUCCACGAGCUCUACAGCGCGCUCGGCAAGUGCGAGGCGGGCGACGUCGGCCCCGAGGGCGCGCCGCACGCGUGGGACGAGGGCUGGGCCUUCUACGUGGGCUCCAUCCCCGGCGAGACGGGGUCGCCCUUCGGGUCCCUGUCCUACGCGCUCCCGGACAUGCGCUGCAACGCCUGGAACUACUGCGCGGACGACGCGGGCCGCCCCGCGUGGCGCGAGGCGGGCGACGGCGCGAACAGCGACGUCAACGCGCGCAUGCUCCGCCUCUACCGCGCGGGCCUCGCCGCCGUGCGCGACGAGACGCGCUGCGCCGAGGCGCGGACCUACGUCGACAAGAUCCUCGUGCAGAUGACGUUCCCACUCAUGCAGGGCGCGAUGCGCUACGCGUACCGCGCGGACCCCCAGGGCGAGGGCACGGCGCUCGGCACGGCGUCGUUGGGCCACGGCAAGACCUGGGCCGAGCUCCACGCCUUCACCAUGGCCGUGCUGCCCCGCGUCGCGUCGUGCGCGCCCGAGGCCGCGGCGGUCCUCGAGCGGAACCUCGUGCUCCCCGACGUCCUCGACGCGUCGACGCACGACCAGCUCGUCCCCGACGGCUACGUCGCCGUCAAGGAGGCCUUCCAGGCGUCCUACGCCUGCCUCGGCAUCACCUGCGCCGACGUCGGGUCCCUCGACGCCAUCCCGGGCCUCGAGGCGUGCGACGACGGCUCGACGCUCGACGACGAGGUCGCGUACUACGACGGCCUCGAGGAGAUCGGCGCGCGGCCCGACGGCGACUGGGAGGAGGAGAACUGCGACGACGACGAGGCCGACGCGUCGUGGCACUCCUACCGCCGCCUCGAGGCCGAGCCCUGGUACGACGCGCUCGUCGAGCAGGUGCCCGAGGCCUACGGCCGCAAGCUCGUCACCGAGCGCGCCAAGUCGUGCGACGGCAAGGGCCAGUCCAUCGCCUGGCCCAACGAGGAGGUCUGGGACAUCACGGGCUGCUGCGACACCAAGAACGGCUUCUUCUUCCUCAUGAUGGUCCUCUUCUGGUACCGCCCGGCGAUCACGAACCUCGAGCUCAUCAUCUGGGUCAUCUACUGGCCCAUCAUCGCCUUCUGGGGCUGGUACAAGGUCCGCGACAUCACGGACUUCAACGCCGAACUCCAGGCCGCCGCGGACGCCAAGGGCGAGGAGGACCUCAAGCCCGAGGCGGAG